AAUCCUUAUCCGUCGCUUUUAAAACAGUCCGGUUCCAAAAAAAAAAAAAAAAAAAAAAAAGAAAGAAAAGAAGACCCAGAGAUAUUUUACGGUGCUGCACAACCGUGAUCGUGUCUGCGGGGAUGAUUGUUCAACCAAGAUCUUCAUGGCUUCAGAUAUUGCUUUAAACAUUCAAGCUGAACUUGAGGCGGCGCGGCUGAAGACAACCCAAUUCUUAAUUACACAAAGGCCAUGGCUAGAUCUUUAUGGAGUCCAUGUCAGGCCUGUGGCUCCUCUUGGAAGUGCAAGUAGUAAACCAUUUGUUGAUCAAGCAUUAAUCCACAGAGCCUUGCCUGAUGAGUUACUUUUCGAGGUCUUUGCAAAAAUGACAACAUACAACUUGGGAAAGGUUGCUUGUGUUUGCCGAAAGUGGAGAUAUACAGUUCGGAACCCUGUAUUUUGGAGAAACGCGUGUUUGAAAGCUUGGCAGGUUUCAGGAGUUGUGCAAAAUUAUAAGAUUUUACAGUCAAAGUAUGAUGGAUCAUGGAAGAAAAUGUGGCUUUCAAGACCAAGAAUUCGUAUUGAUGGUAUUUAUGUCAGUAGGAACACAUAUAUCCGAGCAGGUGUUGCAGAAUGGACUGUUACCAAUCCAGUUCACGUGGUUUGCUAUUUCCGCUAUCUAAGAUUUUAUGCAUCUGGGAAGUUUCUGUACAAGAAUAGCUCGCAAAAGAUUAAAGAUGUUGCAAAAUUCAUGAACUUCCGUUCAGCUAAAAGUGAAAGUGUUUACGCUGGUCACUAUUUGCUCUCAGAUGACAAGAUGGAAGCUGCUUUCUUGUAUCCUGGUAGGCAAUCAACUGUGUGGAGAAUCCGCCUCAGACUGAGAGGAACAGUACCAGGAGCUAACAAUCGUCUGGAUCUGCUAUCAUUGGUCACAAGUGGUGUGAACGAUGUUGAAGUCAAUGGGAAUAAUGACGACAUUCUUGGACUUGUGGAAGGAUGGGAAGAAGAUGAGACACAUAAUCCAGAAGUACCUGCUAUCUCUCACAGGAGAGGACUAACACCCUUUGUAUUUGUUCCAUUUGAAGAGGUGGAAACGUCGGUUCUGAAUCUUCCUGUAGAGAGAAUGGAUUAUUUUGUGCCUGGCUGAAUGAAAACCUGAAAAACUUAAAUCUUGAAUGGAUUUGUGAACUCAUUAAAUAUGCAUAAGAUUGUUAUUAUGUUUUAUGGUAUGCUGGGCUUUUGAUAUGUAUCCUCUGAAGGUAGCAUGUUUGCAAUUAGUUUGAAGUAUGUAAAUUAGUGCUGGUUGGUAUGUAUAUGUUUGGUAAGUACUUUAUAUUUGCAUUAUUUUUGGUG